UCUGUGGGGCAUUUGCAUUUUGCAGAUUUGUCAAAAAGCUGGAAAAGAGAACGGUGUAUAGUGGUGGUUUUUUAAUAUUAUUUAGUGUAUAUCUUAAUUUUAUGUUUGUUAGGGGAUAAUGAUAAUGCAAGAUGAUGUCUGAUCAGUUUAGAAAGGUGGAACCAUACUCGCCAAAGUCCUCGCCGAGGGGCGGUAGAUCGCCCGUGGUCUCUCGGCAGGACUCCUCUGGCACCCUCAAGACAACCAUUCAGCUCGGCAAAAAUCCUUCUAUCGUACACAGUGGACCUUUUUAUUUGAUGAAAGAACCUCCUGGAGAAUGUGAACUCACUGGAGCUACAAACCUAAUGGCAUAUUAUGGUCUUGAGCAUUCAUAUAGUAAAUUUAAUGGAAAGAAGCUGAAAGAAUCUUUAUCAUCCUUUUUACCAAAUCUACCAGGCAUUGUGGAUGGGCCGGGGCAAGAAGACAACAGUACCCUGGGCUCUGUGAUAGCCAAGAGGCCUAUAGGUGGCAAGGAACUGUUGCCGCUUACAAGUGCACAGUUGGCAGGAUUCCGCCUGCAUCCUGGCCCUCUGCCUGAACAGUAUCGCUAUGUCAGCUCCACUCCACCAAAGAGGCAUAAGAGCAAACACAAGAAACAUAAACAUAAGGAUGGGGCGCCACCUGGUCAAGAUACUCCAUUGCAAGACUCCUCUAACCCAGACACGUACGAGAAGAAGCACAAAAAGCAAAAGCGUCACGACGACGACGCCAAAGAGCGCAAAAAGAGGAAAAAGGAGAAGAAACGGAAAAAGCAGAAACAUAGCCCGGAGCAUGGCAACCUCACGCCCAACCAACAUGCCACAUAGGCGAUUCCAAGCAUAAUAUGGAAAUGUUUUUAGGUCUGAUAUUUUAUACAGUAAUUGCCGUCCCACACAAUUUUGAAUUAGGAUUCUGAAUGUCUAUGAUUUCUAAAUAAAUUCUGAGGGUUAUAAAUAUUGUAAAGACUUAUAGAGCAGUGUUUUACAAUCUUAUUCAUGGCACAACCCUCUGGCAUGCUUUUCCAUGGCAAAAUAUCCAGCAACUAUUUGUAUAUAUAUAUUUUUUCUUAGGCUUUUGCGAACCUUCAUGACAAGGGGUUUCCGACUCUGAGAUUUAAAAAAAACCUGUUGUUACUACUAAGGUAUCUGAUGUUUUUUAAACAAAAUACUAGAGACUGAACAAUAUUCAUAAUCUGAAAUUAUUUAGGAAUUAUGGAGGUUCCCAAUCUCAGUUUAAGAUUGUGUGGGAUAAGCCUAAAAGUGGUUACAGAGGAUAUGUGCACUAUUUAGAUUUUUUUUUUUAAUUUAUAAAUUAGCAUAAAAAAUUGACAUCAAAGUGCACUGAGUUAUGCCUAUUGUAAAAGCCUAUAAGUACAUACAUCCACAAACUAUUUGGUAAAGAGCAUUUACACAUUACAAAAAUAAUAUUUACAAAGGCAGUGUCUAUAAAUUUUAUAACUAUUGUAAUUACUGAAAUUAAAAAAAAGAAACAAUGAAAAUAUGAUGCUUUUUGUCUCUAAUAAUGAAAUGAAAUGCAUAAUGUUGCCUUUCCAUUGGUCUAGCUAUUUUCUUAUGUAAAAAUCACCCCCAAAAUAUUUGUUCCAUAUAAUUUUGAAAGAUUGUUUAGAUGAGCAGGAAUGAAUAUACCAACCUACUGGCUGAGGCCAUACAAAAAAAAAAACAAAAUUCGCCAGUGAAAUUUGAACCUAUAGCAUAGGCCGUAGGAAAUAGAGUUGAUCUUUCUUUAUUUCAAAAUUUUACAAAAAAAAUAUUACAAGUCUUCUAUUUGAAAAUUAUUUAAGUUUCAUCAAACUUAAGUAUGUACUCUUCUUAGGACCUUGAGCCGUAGGAGGCUAAGCAUAUAAAAAUUCAUAAAAUGUAGCUUUUGAAAGAGGCAGUCAUGUGGCACGUACUAAUAUGAGGUUUAGAGUUUAUAGAAACUAAAAUUUUAAUUUUUGAAAUUAUAAAUUCUGGAUCGCUUAUAUAGACUACUUGCCGCAUGGUGACUGAUGCUGCUCAGGUUUAACUAGAGAUGAACCACAGGAACCACACCACAAUAAAAAUAUACUAGCCACAUUGAUAGUUAAUGGUUUAAAUAAAUACAUGUUUUACUAAAGUUUGUUUCGUAAAGAUCCGACACAAAAUGUCUAUUCAAAUUCUGAACGAGUCCGUUUAAACCUGUGAUGUCCCUGUAACUAUUGACUGACCAGUCAUAAUCCUUGUUGCAAAGAGAUAAAGCAUACUUCUGGUUAGUUUAGUGAGUUUCUGUUUGUGCAUAGUAAACCAAUUGCAUCUUUCUAAGUAUGUAAAAUAGGUUCAAAAUCCAAAAACAAGUUACACGGAGCGUUCCAGGAAAUACAUAGAACCUCCGUCGUCUAAGAGAUAGUCACGUUGUGAAGUGACGCAUUAUUUACUGUGAUUCAGUUCAGAGCGUGUCGUAUCUUCCUCAUUUAAUACUGUGAUUGUAUACCUAUACAUUAUGUCACUGUAAAUAUCAUACUUAGAGAUAACUACUUUCAAUGUGUAAGAUUUUUUUUUAAUACUACGUCGGUGGCAAACAAGCAUACGGCCCGCCUGAUGGUAAGCAGUCUCCGUAGCCUAUGUACGCUUGCAACUCCAGAGAAGUUACAUGCGCGUUGCCAACCCUAAACCCGCACCCCCUCGUUGAGCUCUGGCAACCUUACUCACCGGCAGGAACACAACACUAUGGGUAGGGUCUAGUGUUAUUUGGCUGCUGUUUUCUGUAAGGUGGAGGUACUUCCCCAGUUGGGCUCUGCUCUAGAUCUGGAAUGACAUCCACUGGCUGUGCCCUACCACACAAAGCGAGAUGACAUUCACAAUGCCCAUACCUCUCUUUUGGACGUAGUUUAAGGACGUACCCGGGUCCAGGAUUUUAUUUUGUUUUGGUAUAUUUUUCUAAAGUAUAGUCCGUGUCAUCCACAAUGACGCGCAGAUUUGUCAAAUCUAACCUUUAAUGACAUGACAAUAAGAGUGACGGCAGGCGUCUUCGUGAAUGACAUUGCACAAUCAUUACAUAUGAGUAGUGAAACGUUUCUUAAAAUCCUUAAUUUUAUUAUCUUUUCUCUUUAAUCAUGUAAGUUCACCCACGGUAGAAAGUGAUAAUGUUUUGUGGUAGUUUAAGUUUGUUAAUUUCAUGUUACUUGUGCACCAUUACUCUGUAAAUAAUCAGUUUGAUUCAUCACUAUAAUUACUUGAAUAAAUAAAUUGGUAAGAUGUU